AUGGAGAUAAAGACGAGACUUCGAGCUGUGCUGAUGUUCAUAUGGAUUUUUCAAGGUGACUCCCAGAAGGUGGAGAUCCCCAGAAGAGAGAUGGAGGUGGUGAAAGGCCAGAUGGUGGUGUUACACGCCUGGUACAGCCCCAACUCAGACAUUUCCAAAAACUCUGUCAUUUGGCACUUCAUGGGAAAUGAGUCCAAGCAGGUGAUAAACUUUAGCUCAGGUGAGGUCGGGCACGGCCAGAACGAGUUCACCAAAAGAGUGGGCUUCAGUGUGGCCAUGCCCUCAGCCAACGUCUCCAUCUACAUCAACAACACCCAGGAGUCUGACUCUGGACACUACGUCUGCAAUGUCAUCAUCCCUAGAGCUACUGGCAUUUCUGGAGAAAUGCGCCUUAAUGUCAAAGUCCCUCCCUCUCCCCCGGUAUGCACCAUGACAGGAAAUCCAGUGGUGAAGGGCAACGUUACUCUGAGCUGUAAGUCCAGUUAUGGAAAACCCGUCCCUCAGUACAAAUGGACCAAGGCUGCACCCAUGUCCGAGGUCUUCUUCUCACCAAUGCAGAACGAGAGACACGGCACCCUCAGGCUGAGCAACCUGACUAAAAGCAUGUCAGGGAAGUACGUCUGCCGAGCCAGCAACACUGCCGGCUCCGACAGCUGCUCCAUUAACCUGGAGGUUAUCACCUCCUCCAAUGCGGGUAUGAUUGCAGCGGCUACCCUGGGGUCAGUAGUGGGACUGAUGGCCAUGGUGCUCUUCCUCAUAUUCAUACUGAGAAGGAGACGGGACACUGAGGAGGAGAUAGCCAAUGAGAUCAAGGAGGAUGCUCAGGCACCGAAGCGAGUGUCAUGGGCAAAGAGUAACACCGGCUCUGACAUUGUGUCCAAGAAUGGCACGCUGUCGUCCAUAGCCACCAGUCCUCGACCACGAGACCCACAUCAGCCUAACUUCCACUACCUGUACUCCCCAACCUCAGUUUCAGACACAGGCUCAGUGAUCAACGCCUACCAGCUGCGACCUGGAGAAGCCAACACCUUACAGGGACUUCCCGGUUACAACAUCGGGGGCACUCCUUCACGUAAACACAGACGGCCUCCCUGUACAAACGGGGCCCCUUUGCAGGUUCUCAGGAGCCCUGUUGUCGCCAUCCCCAACAGGACUGAGGGGGCUCAGCCUCAGGUGCCACCUCCAGUCACUGCGUCCCCUCAGAUCAGCUCCUCCACUCUGACGCGCAUGGGAGCUGUUGCUGUCAUGGUGCCUGCUCAAAGCCAAGCCGGCUCGCUGGUGUAGCCUGCAGAGGCAUCUCUGAUGGAAAGUAUAAAGACAGCAGUUAUGGAGGGAGAGAAAGAAUGCCUUGGAAUGUAAAGCACUUUCUCCAUGAAGACCUGAAAGGUUCUGCGAGAACAAAGCAUCUCGCAGGCGGUUUGUGCUUCAUUUGCACAAACUCUCUUUUCUGUUUGUUAAUACGAGUGAGUGCAGUGUUGCUCAUUUCAGUUUCUUUUCGUAUGCUGCAUUCUGGCUCACUAAAGACAAAUAUAUUUUUAUUUACACCUUUAGAAAGUGAUCUUCAAAAUGGAAUCCAGUAGCAUUAAAAUGCCAGUUCCUUCAAGAGAGGUUUGUAAAUUCAGAGAAAGCUCUCUGAGUGUGCUUAGUUUUGCAGUUCUUGCCAAAUACAGUAUAAAGUUUUGGCUACAUUUGUAUAAUGUAUAAAUUAAACAUAAGCAAAUUUUUAUAAUUUAAUUUCUAUCUCACUGUACCUGCCUAUGUAAGGAUCCCGUUCAGUCACUUCUCUCAGGCUAACUGCACUACUUCAAAGCAAAAAAAAAAAAAGAAGAAAACCCAGCAAAGUCACAAUUCAGGUAUUACAAGUUGCUCUCUUUAGAAUAUCUUGAUUUCUUUCACCCACAUUUACUUGUGUUCACUUAAGGGUUGUUUAUUUAACCUACUGUAACAAUGGUUUAUGGUUUCAUGACACUUGUGUCUACUGAGAGAACAUACUGUAUGAGUUUAUUGCCUGUUCUGGUAGAUGGAAUGUAACCAAAAUAGUGAGUUUAACAGUGUUGAAGUUAAGUUGUUCAAAGGUGCUUGGUAACACUUGAUAUAAUUACUGUAAACAUGCAAGGCCAUUAGUUGAGACAAGCGGUUGAGAGUAUUCGCCCAGUCUUCCUACUGAUGCUCGUUUGUUUUCUUGUAAUUAUACCGAACUCUGGAAAUAAU